AUGGCAAGCGGCCGAGACGCCGACUCGGACGGCGUCAACGGGCGCACCGCAGACUGCCAGUCGCCAAUGGACACCACAUACGAUGACGGCGUCUCACAGGGCCCCAAAGGGCAAAGGCAUCUGGCUUUUCCGAACUAUGCCCACUUGGGACGUUCUAGCGCGAACGAGGAGCAGGGCCAGAUUCGAGCAGUGUAUGGAGUAUGA